UACCUAGAUCGCACCGCGAUCGAUUGGGCGUACGAGGAUCGCAAGGAACGCGCACGACUCGAGGCAAUCGCCAUGCGUACAGGACUCGCAGCAGGGCUUGUCACACAACUCGUCGAGACUAGCGUCCCUUGGAUAAUCGUCAUAUCCAUUGGUGUUGCCGUUGGACUCGUGGCCGGCUGCUUAGAUGUGCUAGCUGGUUGGCUCGGUGAUCUGCGGAUGGGUCGAUGUGGUUAUGCUUUUUAUUUAAACAAGAAUAGUUGUUGUUCAGGACUUGAGCCCCACGAAGAGUGUUAUGAAUGGGAGACGUGGCCCGCUGUCUUUCAACUAAGUCAAGGUCCUCUCUCAGCUUUCUUACAGUAUGUGAUGUACAUUGCAGGAUCCGUUAGCUUCGCUGGCGUGGCGGCAAUUUUAGUGCGAAGUUUUGCGCCGUUUGCUUUCCAUACCGGCAUCCCAGAGAUCAAGGUAAUCUUAUCGGGAUUUAUAUUUCGACACUAUUUGAGCGCUUGGACUCUCAUCAUCAAGGCCAUCGGUCUGGCAUUUGCUGUUGCUUCGGGACUAUCACUAGGCAAGGAAGGUCCGUUGGUACAUGUGUCAUGCUGUGUAGGCAAUUUGAUCAUCCAACCGUUCCGAGUCUUCAGAGAUAACGAAGCCAGGAAGCGUGAGAUGCUAUCUGCAGCUGCAGCGGCCGGCGUCAGUGUCGCAUUUGGUGCUCCGCUUGGCGGUGUCUUGUUUGUAUUAGAGGAACUGUCACUCUCCUCUCUUCCGCAGGCUACACUAUGGCGAGCUUUUGUGUGUGCAGUGGUAGCCACGAUGACGCUGCAGUAUUUUGACCCUUUCAAGUCAGGAAAAUUAGUAUUAUUUCAAGUACAGAGUGAAGGCCAAGUUUGGCGAGCAUUUGAGCUCGUGCCUUGGGUGUUCCUGGGUCUCUGUGGUGGUUUAUUUGGAGCUGCCUUCAUCCGCGUCAACAUUGAAUAUGCAAAGAUCAGACGAUCUUCGGCUCUGGUGAAUCAUCCUAUCUUUGAAGUACUAGGAGUGGCAACCUUCACGUCUUUGUUAUCAUAUCUCUUAACAUUCACGAGGGUCCCCACGUCACAACUUGUAGAAGCCUUGUUUCAAGACUGUGGUAAAAGACCUGCUGAUCCGUUCGGAUUGUGCGACCCGAAUCAUGUGAUAUUGACCAUGAUCAUGUUGGUCAUCUGCGCUCUCUCGCGCUCAGCCAUCACAGCAGUAACGUUUGGAAUUCAAGUUCCUUCCGGUAUUUUUCUUCCUGCCAUCGGUAUUGGGGCUUGUUUUGGUCGUGCCGUUGGGAUCUUCAUGAAUGCAUGGCAGCAAAGUUAUCCGAGUUUCUGGUUGUUUGGCGCCUGUCCACCAGAAGGCGCUUGUAUAUCCCCGCAAGUGUACGCCGUGAUUGGUGCUGCCUCUGCGGUCGGAGGACUCACCCGCAUGACAAUCAGCUUGGUCGUCAUCAUCUUUGAAUUAACGGGCGCCGUGGAGCUAGUACUUCAGAUCAUGAUGGCAGUCAUGAUAUCAAAGUUCACCGCUGAUUACUUCUCAGUGGAUGGUAUCUACGAAGCAUGGAUCAACUUCAGGGGCUACCCUUACUUAAGUCCUAAAGACAGUUUCAGCCGUGUCGAUCUAAAUGCAAAAGACAUUAUGGUAACUGAGAUAGUCAGCUUGCCAGCAAAAGGUUGGACAUUGGACACCUUGGAGGAAGAAGCAAGAAGACACACCUACAAAGGAUAUCCGAUCGUUUCUGACCAUGACCAUAACCUUUUGAUGGGUUACAUUCCGAGUAAUGAGCUAAAAUUUGCCUUAACUGAACCUUCCCAUAGACAACCUUCAUCUUCAACCAAUGAAACCAAUCAGAGGCCUGAUCCGGCUGCACAGUCUAUUGACCUUAACAAAUGGGUUGACGAGGCACCUUUGACUCUGGAGCUUAAUACGCCUGUGGAGACAGUUUUACAAUAUUUCCAAAGAUUGGGAUUGAAAAAUAUGAUCUUCACAUCGCAUGGCGUACUAGUUGGAAUGAUCACCAAAAAG